AUGGAACUGCCCGGUGCCAAGCGGCGGCCCGGGGAGCCGGAUAGAGGCCCGCCCCUCCCGAGGCACCACACCAGGGAACACAGGGGCGACAGUCGCACAGACGACCCCCGCCGGGCCUCGCCAGUGCCCCGCCCCGCUCGCAGUAUCCAGGCCGCCCGGGGGAUCUGCGCCCCUCCCGGAAGCAGACACGAUGUGCCCUGGGCCCGUCGAGGUGGCAUCCUGUCAGCACUUGGGAACUUCCUGGCCCAGAUGAUUGAGAAGAAGCGGAAAAAAGAAAGCUCUCAAAAUCUAGAUGUCAAGGGACUUCUCAGAUAUGCCACUUUUGGGCUCUUCUUCACAGGGCCGCUGAGUCACCACUUCUACCUCUUCCUGGAACGCUGCGUCCCUCCGGAGGUCCCCUUGGCAGGGCUCAAGAGGCUCCUCCUGGACCGCCUCCUCUUUGCACCGGGCUUCCUGCUGUUGUUCUUCCUCGCCAUGAACUUUCUGGAGGGGAAAGACGCCUCAGCCUUUGCUGCCAAGAUGAGGGGCAGCUUCUGGCCAGCGCUGAGGAUGAACUGGAGGGUCUGGACACCUCUGCAGUUCAUCAACAUCAACUACGUCCCUAUACAGUUCCGGGUGCUCUUUGCCAACCUGGUGGCUCUGUUCUGGUAUGCCUACCUGGCCUCUCUGGAGAAGUGAAGAUGGCCUGGGAGAUUGUCAGACGUUUAGUGGACCUAGGUUGGGGGAUCCUCACCUACCAGAGUGAGAGCAAAACCUGCCCAGUC